AUCGAGAAGCCCUACUUAAGAUGACCGCUGCUCGCGGUACAGAGGGGCCUGAAGUCGAUCCCUUCGUCCCGCUUUGAUCUUUCGCCUCCUCCGAUGAGCCUUCGACUGACCCUCUUCGUUGCUCUGGUAGCCAGCGCCUGCAAUGCCUCAUUUCACGUUCACAGGCGGCAGACCGUCAAACCUGUGGUAGCCAGCACGACUCUGUACCCUUCACUCAACAUGCAAGGCCUGAAUCGGGACUCUUGCGUUUCCGUCGCCUGGGAGACGAACCAAGCUCUCUGGGUAUGCCGAGACACGCAGCAGCUGCAAUCCAACGGCAGCCCGGGUGUCGGCCUCAUAGCCAACACGGCAUCCUACUCCGGGCUCCCCUCUGACAAGUCAAACCCCCAGGCGCUGACGCUCACCUCCCCGCAAGGCUUCGGCUCGCUCUUCUACAAGCUCGAGGCGAGCGAAUGCCCGGACUUCGGUGCAUGCUCGGACGGCACGCGCUGGGUCGGCUGGCCCAACACCGGCCCGGUGGUGACGUUCAACUUCAACGGCGCGAUCUCUGCAUACCAGUUCCUCGCGCGCCAGAACCUGAAGGGGCUCUCUGUCACGAACACACCGGACUACUCGCUCUACCAUGUCACGUCGCAGACCGCAGACGCGAGCAAGAUCCCGACGACGAACAUGGAUAUCUCGGGCUUCUGGACCGGGAGCCAGGUCGGGUACGGCAACGACGCGAGCGUGGUCGCGAACGGGUACGCGUACCUGUAUGGCGCGACGCCGAGCGGCGGGCUGGCCGUCGCGAGGGCCGCGCUGACGGGCACGCUGGGCACGCUCGAGGACAGGAGCUUGUACCAGUUCUACGUCAAUGGCCAGUGGCAGACGGCCAUCCCGAACAAGAACGAUUCGGGCAUCACGCUCGCCAACACGCGGUCUGCCCAAGGCACCGUCUAUUUUUCCAAGAAGUGGAACUCCUUUGUGUGGAUUGGAGGCGACGGGUUCCCGAAUGCUAACUUCUAUAUCUCCACUGCGCCUAACCCUGAGGGCCCUUGGACGUCACCCACGCUUUUCUACUCGGGCGCCGUCGGGGAUUCCGGAACGCUCACCUACUCUACUGUCGCUCAUCCCGCGCUCACGGAUGGCACGGGCAACUAUAUCUUCCUCAGCUAUAGUCGCACUGUCACCAACGCGCAGGGCUUCCAGGUGUACGACCAGCCGCUGAUCCGUGUCGACUGGCAAUAAGUCCCAUCAGGCAGUGUUCGUUCCACUUCAUGAGGUUUUCGUCGUAUUCUACGGGGGUAGCGUCUCGUUUCGUCCGUGGCGCUUCCCUUCCCCCACAAUCUUCGUCGUCGGGAAAAACGGUAUACCCUCUGCUCGUCUAGGGAGCACUCGCAUUUCUGUGGACUUUUCUGUAUGCAUCCUCGUGCUGGUCAACAUGGAAUU